AUGUAUUUUUUUCUACAUAAUUUAUUGAGAGGUGAUCAAUGUUAAAUAAAAUACUAAUUUUCAUCAUGUGUUUCAAUUCAUGGCUUUUUGACCAAUUCUUCAUUUUUCCUUCCAACUGCAUGCCUCUAGGGAAUGAAUUUUGACCAGGAUAGUUUGGGACUUGAAUAUUCAUCUGCAGCUACCUAUAUGCUCCUUAUGUGCAGUUGUGCUCCCAGUGGUUUUAUCACAGUCGUCCUGUGAGCAGUUUCUGGAAAACAUCAGGAUGAGCUUCAUUCAUCUUCACCUCAUAGGCUCUGUUGCACCCCGAGGAGCCCAGCGACAGGCCAGCAGAUGCUGCUGCCCAGCCCACUUGGUGGACAGUGCCCCAUGCACCCUCAUCCUUUGGUAGCCUUGUGGAAAAGCGGUAUUAAAUUGUUUUUAACUUGUUCAGAUUCUCAACAAAUCCACCUGGAAAUAAGAGAAAUGAGGCAGAAAAAGUCUAAUGAUCACUUAAAGCCCCUCCUCACAGGCCUCUUGUGGUUGGCGCCUUUUCUACCAUUCUCAGAUGGGAAAACCAAGUCCCUCAGAACUUCACUGCCCGAGAUCACAAGGCACUCAGAGGGUGGACUAGAACCCAAGUUCGGUGCUCUUCCUCCUAGAGCAGGUUCAAAUACUGAAUUUUCAUCAAGUUCAAAAAAUAUGGAUGAAGGUUUGGCUAAAAUAUUUGAUGAAAUUCUACAACAAGUGUUUUCCAAAGUUCCAUUUGAUGAAACAAGAACAGCAGGAAAGUCAAUUACAAAGAGAGAAGUGAAAGAAAGCCUCUUCCCACCAGUCUCAGAUGGGAGAACCAAGUCCCUCAGAAUUUCACUGCCCGAGAUCAUAAGGCACUCAGAGGGUGGACUAGAACCCAAGUUCGGUGCUCUUCCUCCUAGAGCAGGUUAUCCUCCAAAAAAGAGCUUGAAAAAUAGUGAAUUUGUAUCAAGUUCAAAUAAACAAGAAGAACAUUUUUCUAAACUAUUUGAUGAAAUUCUACAGCAAGUGUUUUACAAGGCUCCGUAUGGGACACCAUUUGAUGAAGCCAGAACAGCAGGCAAAUCAAUUACAAAGAGAGACAUGAAUUCAGAAAUUUUCAUCAAAGGACUCAAUGUUGCUGGGUAUUCUACUGCACCAAGGUUUCUCUUUGGCAGCGUGGACAGAAUUUCUACUAAUGAUCACAAUUCAGAGAAGAGGGAUAAAGAAUCCUCUCUCUCCAACAGGAAUAUGAAUGAGCCAUUUACUGCUAUAAAUAAAGAAACACUUGAAGAAGCAGCUAAGACAGAGAUUCCAGAUAAGACCGUACCAUGUGAGCAGCUUCUGCAGUUCCUCCAGAGGAACAUCAUCAUUGGUGCUGGCUCGGUGGCGGGAGUCCUCGUGGUCACAGCAUUGUUGCUGCUGGCCUUGACCAUGUGCUGCAGGAGGAAACAGCAAUCACAUCCUCCAGCGAACAUGACAUAUAAUAUUUUUAUUCUGCGUGGGAAGACUUGGUGGCAGAAGUUUCAAGAAAAGAACCCCCAAAAUCACAGUGAGAAACAGAAACAGUUGUUGAAGGGCAAGUCCUCGGUCUAAGCCAGCUGGUGGGGCCCACGAAACCAGGACCGGAAGCUGUGAUGCCAGGCAGUUGUCCACCCAGACACCACGGAGAGGCAUUUGAUUUCUGGCUGUGAGGUGUGCUCCACAAAAUGUUUACCUUCUUCUGUCAGUCUCGAAUGGACCAAUACACGGAUGUUGUACUACAGGGUGCUUAGAGUUUGGUACGGACUGAUAGCUAGGGAAGGAGACGCAGCACAUUUGUCCAAACACAAACCUGACCAACUACCAAGUUCUUUAUUUAUUAAAGCAUUGAUUCUCUGA